GUUCGAUUCCAAGAACAAAGAAAUCAAUAGGCAUACUAGUACUACUCUUUCGACCUGAAGAAACUUUCAAAGCAAUUCUGUAUGUUGAGCUUCGACUCGAAAAAAAACUCUUGCAAAGAUGAGCUUUAGUUGUCUCCCCUUAAAGCCGGGGGAUCACGUUGUGAAGGAAGACGGCGCGACUGUGACACACGCAAUCUACUGCGGACAGGCCUUGUUGGUCCAGACUCCUCCGGAAGGCAAAUCUCCUUCUGACAACUACGUCGAUGGAGCUGCACCUGCACCAGAUGAAACGAGCGGAAAAAGAGCUACAAGAACGUGUACCGAAAAUACAAAUAGUGGAGACUCGUCUACUAGUACGAGUACAGCCAUUCUCGAUGAACAGUACUUGCAGGAGGGUGCAUCAGAUGUGCCGCCAUUUGUUGUCUAUCUAGCCCGAUCGAAGGAUUCGUCUAGUACUCUGGAGAUUCGGAAGCAAGAACUGCAUUCUUGGGUCUACGAGUCAUCUCAGAUAACACAGACUGCGACGGAGCAGACAACAGGUGGUAGCGCUGAAGGAGGCGAGGAGAAUACCACGUCAGAGGUAUGAACAAUUUAGCGGGUAACCCCACAUAGACAUAUACAAGAUAUCUAUAGAGGUAUAAACAAUACCAAGUGAAGAUAAUUAUCAAUCCCUACCGCUAUCGCAUUGGGCGAUAAUAAAAGCUAUGUUUUAUUUAUCAACCUCUAUCGUAUUCUUGGCAUUGAGAAUUGGUAUAAUUUUUCUUUUCCAUCAGGGCCAAGAACAUGAUCAUGAAUUGUGACCCUCUAGUUCUCUUCUUGUCCCCUUUUCAACUGGUUCGUUUUCUGCGGGUCGCGACGGACGGGGUGUGUGCGUCCGCUUUUACCUGAAUCGCCCCUUUAGUCGUCGGCGCUCGGUUUUUCUCGCGUUAAGGGCACUGACCCUGACACCGAAGAUAUUAAGGGAAUACAACUUCAUCUUCUUCUGCUGACCGUCCUUCUGCUGACCCCCAUCAUAGUUGUACGAUGGCAUCCUGCACUAACAUUCUUGACCUAUUUUCUAGUCGGAAGGAUGUUCUGAGGAUGUGUUCUGAGGAGUGUAAUUCUGCAACCUCUAAAGAUCCGGACGCACAAGAGUCUCAUAGCGGAGAUCCUCGACUCUGACGUUUUCCCGUGGCACUGUCUUUUCCAGGACAACGAAAACGCUUUCGAUCCUGGCGUAGGCCUCUCCCAAAUGAAGGCAAAACGUUAUCUAUGACAGGAAAAAGAAGUGUACAGACUAAGUACAGAUACUGAUACAAUUACAAAGUGACUUCAUACAUAUUAGUAGUACUCAAGAAAUUAUCCCUAGCCGUAGCCACCAGAUGAAGAUAAGUAGAACAGAACUUCUGACUAAUUUAUCGGCGCGAGCCCUACCAAGAGGCUUUCGUGUCGGAGUCCAUCAUCGACUCUCUGCAGCAAAGCACAGUGCUUAUCUCGAAAGGAGCAGUUGUCCUCCGAGGAGCCAAAUUGGCGAGGCUGUAUAAUUCAUUGCUACUAAGACCACUUAUGAUAAAUAUAUAAUCAUAAGGCAUUUUUGAUUAUUGUUCCUUGUGCAAGCAUGCCAUGCCUUGACAACGCAAUUCAUUCUCACUCAUCAGUUCUGAAAAUUGAUUUGCUGUUUGUAACGUGUCACCAACCUCUUGUCAGGCAUAUCAAUCAAUCACUCAAUCUUGGCGUCGUUUUUUCAGGCUGCGUUUUUCGUCCGGUGCAGUCGGGACUUGGGGCAAGCUCGGGGCUCUCAUAGGAGGACGAAUAUCCGAGCGUUUGUUCCAGCAAGACUCGCCGCGUAGUGCUGGUGCAGCUGCCGCCGGAAGUUGGAUCGGCUCAGUAGCAGGAGCUAGUAUUUAUGCAAGGAAUGAACAUGAGAGCGAACCCUAAACCCUAAACCCAAACCCAAACCCUAAACCCUGCCGUUGAUGAAAGUUAAAGGGGUUUUUCAUAGUCGAAUGCCACUUUCGCAAGCUGACUUUUCAUGCACCAUUGGUAAAGGAAUCAAUAAUUAGAGUAGUUUAUAGAACGGAUGUAGGAUGGACUUGGAUGGAUCGGAUGGACCCCCCUGAUUCUUCCGAUCCUACUUGAAAUGGUGGAAAGUCCAUCGGAUCCAUCCCAUCCCGGAUCUGGCACCCCUAUAAACUGCUCUACAAUAUGCUUAAUCCAAGAACCAACUCACACUUAGUAUGGAGAUGAGUAUUCACCACGACGACCAGAUUGCUUAUUACUUAGUAUUAAGAUGAGUAGCUAGACGAUCCUCCUACUUCGCUCCUUUCUGUUCAUUCAACCGGUGCUUCCGUCGUAUCCGGUACCACCACUGGGGCGUCCACGGUCGCAUCGGCGGGUACAGUCGCGUACGCUAUCGGGUCAGUGGAGGCAGCUUCUUUGGCUAGUAGUAUCCUAGCUGCCACCUCGUUAGGAGCAGCUGGUGCUGUGGUCGGAGCUGGCGCAGCGCUGUUGAUAAAGAACAAAUUAUUGGCGACCGAGAGCGGCGCAGAGGACAGGACAAGUUCGUUUUUAGAGCGCGAACUUCACCUCUUUGCGAAGACUGCUAAGCUAGUAGUUCUUGGCGCCGAUAUUCCAUCGUCAGUCGUCGAGGAACAGGAAACUGGAGAAGCUGAGCAAACUUCUUUAGCUGUGACAACUGGCGAAACAUCUAAAGACGAUAACGAAAGUGGAAAGGAGAUAUGCGAGGAACUAGAGAGCUGAAGUUGAUCGAUCGUAACUAUCAAACUACUAGAAUUAGUUGUACUACUAUCGAACCAAAAACCUUACUCACCCUCAGAAAAUUUGAAAGUUUGGCAGAGGAUUUUGGAAAAGAGGUAGUUUAAUAGCUAAGUUUAAAUAGAUAGUUAAAGACUAGAUAGACAGGAUCACGGGUCGAGUCGGUGCUGCUGGCGGUCGAAGUCCUCAGGAGGACACCUUAUGACGUGUGGGAUUUUGUGUGAUGGAUCUGGAAAUGUGUGUAGAAUUGAUUGAAAGGUGAGAACUUUCGUUUGAAUGAUGACGCUAUCUAUUUAAACUUAGCUAUUAAACUACCUCUUUUCCAAAAUCCUCUGCCAAACUUUCAAAUUUUCUGAGGGUGAGUAAGGUUUUUGGUUCGAUAACUACAACUAUGAUCUACUUAAAAUGUGAACUGGUUCAUUGCAAUAAAAACUGGCAUUUAUUUUAUUGUUAUAAGUAUAUACUUCAUCUCAUUUCAUCUAAAAACCCAACCCGACCUUCAUCUCAUUUCAUCUAAAAAUCCAACCCGACGAAGACGAAGAUAACUUCGAUACCCAGGAUCCUUUUGGUCAUUUGGGUGUCAUUUUAGGAUUUGACGAUGUGGAGUCCGGUGAGUCUGCGGUACCAGCUCAGCUUGCACACGGUUGGUAUACCAUUCCGAUAUCGCCACAAGACGCUGGCGCAAAGUUGAAGAAGAACGCUCCGCCCGCAGGAUCGCCGUAAAAAUAUUUUUGACGGCAACUACGCACAAUCUUGAGUUGCUCAUCUUGCACAAAAAUGGACGGUAGCGGCUGCGUCUGGUGCAAUGGGUCUGAUAUUUGUGGCAACGGCAUAACCUUUUUGUAACAACCCAGGACGCCCGAUCUGUUCCUUGGUGCUCGUACGAUUUUCCUAUGCUGUGGUGUUAAGUACUUUUUUUGCUGGUUGUGGUUAGAGUGAUGCAUACGUCGUGCUUUCGUGGUCUCUGCAAUGCAGACCAGAACAGGAAUGACGAGGGAUCACAGACUGUCACUCAAGGACUCGUCUGGAUACGGCAAGCACUGGCGAUGUAUUCGUUUCAAAAACUUAGAUGAAUCACAACAUACAUACAUUUAUUGGUGUUGGGAAAAAAUAGAGAAAUAGCUCUAGCUGACGACCACUAGGAGUGCACCACACCGAGG